CCGAAAAUAGUCAACUAGCAAGUGUGCCAAACUUCCUCUAGAAGAAAAACGAGUGAUAAUCACCAUGAGGUCUUCGCUUUUCCAAAUCAUUAUCUACUUGUCAACAGCAUCGAUACUUUCGGUCGGCGCUGAUUAUGCAUGUGAUUUCUGUCCGGAACCAGCAACGUUAGACUCCGAUGAUCCAUUUUGCAAGGAACUGUUGCGAUUGGCACGCAGUGGUGAUCUAUACAGCGAACAAACAGAAUGUGAUUUAAACCUCCAAAGUCUAGCGAGACGUUGCAAAUGUAGCGCUCCGCCUAAAGCUCCCCAUGCUCCCUGCGACCCAUGUGCUGCUUCCACCGGCACAGCAUCAAUGACCAUUGGAAAGCCGCUAGGAAAGAUAGCUUUCCACGAAAGCACAUAUUCUUGUAUUGAGAUGCUGUAUUCGGCAAGGGCUGGAGGAUUGAAUGCAGACGAAUGCAAAGCCUUUUCGAUAUCUGAAAUCGAAUCUCACUGUGGUGGAUGUGUUGAAACUGUUCAGUGCGAUUUCGAUCAAUCUAAAUGUCGGAGCAGCCAAAUACUAGUAGCUUCCAACCCCGACAAUUACCCAGGGCCAUCGAAACUAUGGAGUUCUUCUCUCACGUGUGAGGAGCUAAUUGAAGGUGCCCGAGCGGGAGAUUUGCUUUCCGAAGCUGGCUGCCGUGUUUUCGAAAGCAGUGUCGAAGCGGCUUUCCAACCGGGAACCUUUGGUCUGGCCAUUGCCAGUUUGAAAGAAUGCGCCUUACAAUGUGACUACGAUGAGACAGCUAACACAUCACUGAACAGAAAGCCACCCGUUCCGAUCCAAAAUGAUCUUAUUUUGUCGCCCAGAUCAGAUGUCGAUGGUUCACGUAGCGUUGUACCCAGCGAUGGUCCUAGUCUGAUGCCAAGUGAUGGUCCAAGUCUAAUUCCAAGUGAUGGACCUAGUAUACUUCCAAGUGAUGGUCCAAGUUUCCCGCCCAUAGUAAAAAAGAAAGAUAGAUCAGGAAACAGUGGUUUGGUUUAUGGAGAUGUACCAAGUGAUGGUCCUAGCCUACAGCCAAGUGACGAGCCCAGUUUAUUCAUUAACAUGGAUCGAGCUAAUGUUGUUCCUGACAGAUCACCUAAAAAGAAGCCUCACUCAAAAAGCGUAAGUUUUACCACUAAUGCAAUGUGUUCGAUUCACUUUUUUUGUCCCUGUCACAGUCGUGAACGGUGAAAGAAGUAAUCGACAAUUUUAGGCUUUGUUCCAAAACACUCUUUUUUUCCUGACACAUUAUUUGGCUUUGUAUUCUUUUGAUGAAUUUUCGAUAAAAAUAGUGCUUAGUGUGCGAUUUCGACAAUGAUAGCGCUUUUUACCUCUACAAGGACUUCGGACAGACCGGGGUAACCUUUUUUGAAGCGUUGAGUGCUCCUGACCACCGAGAAGCGUGCCAUGAGAAAGAUGAUUAUUGUGAUCCUAAGGAACCGCUCUAUCCUGACUUGGAAAAUUGCUAUUUAGCAGAUGUCACGUCGUUUGAUGAUCUAAUUGGAAUUCAAGCUGUGAUCCCUCCCAAAAAGGCUGCCUACAUAUCCGUGUACAAGAACACAAUUACCCAGUUUAAUCAGGCAAAGAGUUGCAAUCAAUCCAAUUCUACGGAUGUCGAAUGCACAGUUGAAAACUACAGACAAAGCCUUGCCUAUGGUAGUGAGAAUAAUGUAGACGACGAAGACAAUGCUCAAAUGAGUACAAAUUCAGAGGAAAUUCCCUGCUCUGGGUUAAAAGAAGGAUGGUUCAACUACGGCUCGAAUGUUGCAGUUCCUUCCGGUCUCUGGAAAAAUGGUCAACCCUCCUAUUGCUUUUCUGGACCAAUUCAGAACGCCGCUGCUGUGUGGCCCGUUCAUCCAAAUGGGUCGAAUUACGGGGACAUGAGAGAUGUAAACGCCGGAUGGAAAUUAACUGGCGCAGUGUAUAAAUGCUGCAAAUCUCUUCAUACAUGCACUGUUUCUGAAUCCUCAAACUAAACUGUAACUGUCCAAUCCAUAGUAAUUUUCACUCUAUUCAUACGACCAAAGAAGGAUAUGUAGCUAAUAAUAACGGGGUUCUGAG